AUGCCACCAAUUCGUACUCAAUCCUCUCGAAAUUCAAUAGAGCAGGAGGGUAGGAUCCUACUAGCUAUCCAGACUUUUAAGAAUCAAGAAAUCUCUUCAAUUCGUGAAGUGGCGCGCCGUUUUAACGUCCCAAGAUCCACCCUUUCCACCCGCCUGAAUGGUAUACAACACCGCGCGAUUUCUCGCGCCAACUCUCAUAAAUUGACUGAUACUGAAGAGGAAUCUCUUCAGAAAUGGAUCCUCUCUAUGGAUUCUCGUGGAUCAGCCCCCCGGCCCUCUAUGGUACAAGAAAUGGCAGAUCUUCUUCUUCAAAAGCGUGGAACUACCCCGGUUCUUUCGGUCGGCGAGAAAUGGGUAUCUAACUUCGUGAAACGGCAUCCUCUCCUAUCCUCCCGAUUCUCGAAACAAUACAACUACGAGCGUGCGAAAUGCGAAGAUCCUAAAAUCAUUGGGGAGUGGUUUGAUUUGGUUCAAAAGACAAUCCUUCAAUUUGGAAUCGACCCUGAUGAUAUCUAUAACUUUGAUAAUACCGGUUUUGCAAUGGGAUUGACUAUAACCGCGAAGGUUAUUACGAGGAGUGAAAACUAUGGUAGGAGGCCGGUUUUAUAA